AUGUGGAGCUGGGUCCAGAGGGUGCUGCCUCAGCCCCCAGGGACCCCUCAGAAGACAAAGAUGGAGGAGGAGGAGGAGGGGGCAGAACCAGAACCGGAGGCAGAGCUGGAACCAGAGCCGGCGCCUAAAACAGCUCUGAAGGAGGCCGAGCUAGGGGACGAAUCCCUGCCACCGGAGGAGCCAUUUGAGGGGGAGGAAGUGGCUACAGCUGAGCCAGGCCCUCAGGAAACCCAGGAGGCUGCCCCUACUCCACCCACAUCCCUCCAAGCCCAGGUUGCUGUGGUUCCCGAAGUGAACAGCACUCCCAGUGGCUGGGUGCUGACCUGGCUCAAGAGAGGCAUGGAGAAAGUUGUCCCACAGCCGGUCCUCAGCAGCGGGCCAGCCCAGACCACUGCUGCUGGCUUGGAAGGCCCCACCCAGGCAGGAGCACAGAUCCCUGGGCAAUGCAGCAAUGGGAGCUCAGAUGGACUCGAUGUGGCCCCUGGGGCCCAGGACACUGGGCCUGGGCCCUGGCUGCUCAGGUGGCUUGAGCAGAAUCUGGAGAAAGUGCUGCCUCAGCCCCCCCAGAGCUCCAAGGACUGGGGAGAUGAGCCUGCAGAUGCUGCCUUGGGCCCAGUGUGUGAGACACCUGCAUGCACUUCCGGGGUGGGGGUGGCAGAGUGGGUGCUGAGCUACCUGCUGGGGUCUGAGCGGUACCCAGAGGGAGGAGGGCAACAGUCUUUGGGGCUAGAGACCUGGUUCUGGUCUGCCUUCUGGUUGAUGGCUUGGCUCCGGCACAGGCUGGAGAUGGCCCUGCCACAACCCGUGCUCCAUGGGAAGGCUGGUGAGCAGGAACCUGAUUCCCCUGUGGCGUGUGACGUGCAGACCGUCUGCAUCCUCCCUGGAGGCCAAGAGGAGCCCGAUCUCGUCCUAGAAGAGGUUGACCCUCACUGGGAGGAGGACGAGUAUCAGGACCGGGGCACCAGUCCGCAGGGCUCAGAGGCAGCUCCAGCUUAUGAAGAGGAGAAUGAGGCCAUGGAGGAGAUGCCCAGGGAGCUGCCCCAGAUUCAAGAGGAGAGAGAAGAUGAGGAGGAAGAUGGAGAGGAAGAGGAAGAAGAGGAGGAGGAGGAACCUAAUGUCCUGCUGGAUAGCUGUCUGGUGGCACAGGCUGGCGAGCACCCGAGCGGAGUAGGCAGGACCCAGCCCCAGGAGGCCGCCCACCAGGAGCCACAGGAGGAGGCCGUGGCUGCCAGCCCAGAAGUGCCUGCUACAGAAGAGCACCCGGAAGUGCAGGUGGAAGAUGCCGAUGCUGACGGCCACCCCGUCAUCUUGGAGAACCCUCCCUCACCCGAGCUGCCGCCACCUUCUCCUGCCAAAUCGGACACCCUUACGGUCCCGGGAUCUGCCGCAGGGACCCAAAGGAAGGGGCCGCCCUCCCAGGAUGAUGAGGCUGAAGAGCUCAAGGCACUGUCGCCAGCUGAGUCUCCCAUGGUCGCCUGGUCAGACCCGUCCAGCCCGCAGGGCACUGAUGGCCAGGACCGCGCAACCUCCACGGCCAGCCAGAACAGCGCCAUCAUCAACGACCGGCUCCAGGAGCUGGUGAAGCUUUUCAAGGAGCGGACAGAGAAGGUGAAGGAGAAGCUCAUCGACCCCGAUGUCACGUCUGAUGAGGAGAGCCCCAAGCCCUCUCCAGCCAAGAAAGCCCCAGAGUCGGCCCCGGUGGUAAAACCCACUGAAGCGGGACAGGCGGAGGAAGAGGAACACUAUUGUGACAUGCUCUGCUGCAAGUUCAAGCGCCGCCCCUGGAGGACGUACAAGUUUCCCCAGAGCAUUGACCCGCUGACCAACCUGAUGUACAUCCUGUGGCUGUUCUUCGUGGUGCUGGCAUGGAAUUGGAACUGCUGGCUGAUUCCCGUGCGCUGGGCCUUCCCCUACCAGACGCCAAACAACAUCCACCUCUGGUUGGCGAUGGAUUAUCUGUGUGACCUCAUCUACUUCCUGGACAUCACCGUGUUCCAGCUGCGCCUGCAGUUUGUCAGAGGGGGAGACAUCAUUACGGACAAGAAGGAGAUGCGCAAUAACUACCUGAAAUCUCGCCGCUUUAAGAUGGACGUGCUCUGCCUCCUGCCCUUGGACUUUCUCUACUUGAAGUUCGGUGUGAAUUCCCUCCUGCGCUUGCCCCGCUGUUUGAAGUACAUGGCCUUCUUCGAGUUUAACAGCCGCCUGGAAUCCAUCCUCAGCAAAGCCUACAUUUACAGGGUGAUCAGGACCACGGCUUACCUGCUCUACAGUCUGCAUUUGAACUCAUGUCUGUAUUACUGGGCGUCAGCCUAUCAGGGCAUCGGCUCCACUCACUGGGUUUACGAUGGCGUGGGAAACGGCUACAUUCGCUGUUACUACUGGGCUGUGAAGACCCUCAUCACCAUUGGUGGGCUGCCUGACCCCAAGACACUCUUCGAAAUUAUCUUCCAGGGGCUGAACUAUUUCACCGGUGUCUUUGCUUUCUCUGUGAUGAUCGGACAGAUGAGAGACGUGGUGGGGGCCGCCACUGCAGGGCAGACCUACUACCGCAGCUGCAUGGACAGCACAGUGAAGUACAUGAACUUCUACAAGAUCCCCAGGUCCGUACAGAACCGUGUCAAGACCUGGUACGAAUACACCUGGCAGUCCCAAGGCAUGCUGGAUGAGUCAGAACUGAUGGUGCAGCUUCCGGACAAGAUGCGGUUAGACCUCGCCAUCGAUGUGAACUAUAACAUUGUCAGUAAAGUGGCUCUCUUCCAGGGCUGUGACCGACAGUUGAUCUUUGACAUGCUGAAGAGGCUUCGUUCUGUCGUCUACCUGCCCAAUGACUAUGUGUGCAAGAAGGGGGAGAUAGGCCGAGAGAUGUACAUCAUCCAGGCAGGAGAGGUGCAAGUCUUGGGUGGCCCUGAUGGGAAGGCCGUGCUGGUGACACUGAAGGCUGGAUCUGUGUUUGGAGAAAUAAGCUUGCUGGCUGUUGGUGGCGGGAAUCGUCGCACCGCCAAUGUGGUCGCCCACGGGUUCACCAACCUCUUCAUUCUGGAUAAGAAGGACCUGAAUGAAAUUUUGGUGCAUUAUCCUGAGUCUCAGAAGUUACUCCGGAAGAAGGCCAGGCGCAUGCUAAGAAAUAACAACAAGCCCAAGGAGAAGAGCGUGUUCAUCCUUCCUCCCCGGGCAGGCACCCCCAAGCUGUUCAACGCCGCCCUGGCCAUAGCAGGAAAGAUGGGCGCCAAGGGGGCAAAAGCCGGCAAGCUUGCCCACCUGAGGGCCCGGCUCAAGGAACUGGCUGCGCUGGAGGCAGCAGCGAGGCAGCAGCAGUUGCUGGAACAGGCCAAGAGCUCGCAAGACACUGCGGGAGAGGCGGGAUCCGCCGCCCCAGACCAGCCAGCACCGCCAAAGCCCCCAGCCCACAGCUCUCCGCCACCUGCCUCCCCUGAGAGGCCCGAGGAAGGCAGGGAAGGGGCGGCUGGGCCGGAGGAGCACUCGGUGCAGAUCCGCAUGAGCCCAGGCCCAGAUCCCGGUGAACAGAUCCUGUUGGUGGAGAUCCCGGAGGAGAAGGAGAUCCCCGAGGAGGAGGAGAUCCCGGAGGAGAAGGAGAUCCCGGAGGAGAAGAAGGAGAUCCCGGAGGAGAAGGAGAUCCCCGAAGAGGAGGAGAUCCCGGAGGAGAAGGAGAUCUCGGAGGAGAAGAAGGAGAUCUCGGAGAAGAAGGAGAUCUCGGAGGAGAAGAAGGAGAUCCCGGAGGAGAAGAAGGAGAUCCCCGAGGAGAAGGAGACCCCGGAGGAGAAGAAGGAGAUCCCAGAGGAGAAGCAGGAGGCCGAGUGA